AUGAAAACAAACCGACUAAGGCCUGCCUUUUUACCACGAAGUGCAAGAUAUUUUAACACCUCACUGAUUAAAUCAAAAAUAGAUAUAUUGGAAAACUAUGCAAAAAAGAAUCAGUUGCACAAACUAAGAAUGGACGAUUUAUUUGAAGUUUUUAAAUUAUCUAAGACAGAAGAGGACUACAAAUUGUCUUUGCAUUUAUUAAACAUCUAUUACAAUUUUGGGAGAAACUUAAAUACUCAGCAAGAUGUUAAUAUGUUUUUUAUUUUCAUUUUGAGGACUAAUCAACUUAACGAAGCAAAAGAUCUUUUAAAAUAUUUUAAUGGAUGGUUAUUGUGUCCCCCUUCUAACAAAUAUAUUUUAUUAUGUAUGGAAGAGUUUUUAAACAAGAAAAAGUUCUAUGAUGUUAGAGAAAUUUUUUCUUUUAUUAGGCAGAAUAAUCAAAUCAAAUUAGAGAGCUCUUUUUACGCUAUAACAAUAAAGUCCAUGCUCUUGCUGAAAAAUAAUUCUAUUGAAGAGUCUAUGAUAAUAUAUGAUGAUUCGUACAAUAUGUCUAUUUAUCUAACAAACGAAGUUCACAAUUUGCUACUAGAACAUAAUUUAUAUUAUUACCACAACGCGAAGAAGGACGAACGAGAGAACUCAAACUUAUUGGAUUCUUACGAAGGAAAUAUACAACGCAUAAUUAUACGACUAAUAAAUGAAUUAAUUAAAAAUAGGACUUCUGUGAAAUUAUCUUCCAAAAGUUUGACUUUAUUUGCAUGGGCAAAUAUUUACUUUGAUUUAAAAAAAAUUCUUUCGAAAUCAAAUCAUUCCCUAAUGGAUGUUGAGGAAUGCAAUAAUUGGUUGGAUAUUUUAAAAUUAUCUUGCUUGUACAACCAAAUACCUGAAUGUCACUGCAGCCCAUUUUCAGUAGAAUUUAAAAAUGUGUUAAAAAAUAUGAAGGAUAAUAAAGAUGCUGUUACCGCGCUGGAAUACAUUAAUAUUUACUUUAAAGAAGAAUAA